AUGUUGGGAUGGCGGUGGAUCUUGGCGCUGUGCGAUUGCUGCUGUCGUGGACAUGAAAAAGAAGUACUAGGCACACCGCACGGGGCAACGAUAACCGACGACGACUGGAGUGACGACGACGAAGAAGAAGAUGUGACGUUUACUGCACAAGCAGCGCCUGGCAUGUUUGCCUUCACGGCAGGCAAUGUGAAAGAGAUGACGCCAUUGUAGUGCUGGCCUACUGAGUAAACCCUUCAAUCAAUACAAACUAGUAC